AGUAAAAGACCCGUGUUGGUUCUUCAGAAUGACUCUCUCUACUCUCAGAGACGUCCUUACACCAGUGAAGAUGAGGCCUGGAAAACCUUUCUUGAAAAUCCCCUUACAGCAGCUACCAAAGCUAUGAUGAGCAUCAAUGGUGAUGAAGACAGCGCAGCUGCCCUGGGACUGCUGUAUGAUUACUACAAGGUUCCAAGGGAGAGGAGAUCUUCAACAGCUAAACCAGAGGUUGAACAUCCUGACCAAGACCAUAGCAAAAGGAACAGCAUCCCAAAUGUGACAGAACAGUCACUCAUUUCUGCUGGAGAAAACAGAGUCCAGGUUCUGAAAAAUGUGCCUUUCAAUAUCGUCCUUCCACACACACCCCAGAUGGGCAUGGAUAAGAGAGGCCACCUUACAACCCCGGACACAACAGUCACUGUUUCAAUUGCCACGAUGCCCACCCAUUCCAUCAAGACGGAGACACAGCCCCAUGGCUUUGCAGUGGGCAUCCCACCAAGUGUUUACCAUCCGGAGCCCCCUGAGCGGGUGGUGGUCUUUGACAGGAACCUCAACCCUGACCAGUUCAGUUCCAACACCCAGCCUCAAAACUCCCAGAGGCGAACACCAGACUCCACCUUCUCAGAGACUUUCAAGGAGGGCGUGCAAGAGGUGUUCUUUCCUACUGAACUGAAUCUCCGGAUGGCCAACAUGAAUUCAGAAGAUUAUGUUUUUGACAGCAUUUCUGGGAAUAACUUUGAAUACACUCUGGAAGCCUCCAAGUCCCUCCGACAGAAGCCUGGGGACAGCACGAUGACUUACCUGAAUAAAGGUCAAUUUUACCCCAUCACGCUGAAAGAAGUCAGCAGCAGUGAAGGAAUCCAUCACCCCAUCAGUAAAGUCCGAAGUGUCAUCAUGGUCGUGUUUGCUGAAGACAAAACAAGGGAAGAUCAGCUCCGGCACUGGAAGUACUGGCACUCAAGACAGCACACAGCCAAACAAAGAUGCAUUGACAUAGCUGACUACAAGGAGAGCUUCAACACCAUCAGUAACAUUGAGGAGAUCGCGUACAAUGCCAUAUCCUUCACUUGGGACAUCAAUGAGGAAGCCAAGGUUUUCAUUUCUGUGAACUGCCUCAGCACAGAUUUCUCCUCUCAGAAGGGAGUUAAAGGCCUGCCCCUGAAUCUUCAGAUCGACACCUAUAGCUACAACAACAGGAGUAACAAACCUGUCCAUAGAGCCUACUGCCAGAUUAAAGUCUUCUGUGACAAGGGAGCAGAGAGGAAGAUCAGGGAUGAAGAGCGAAAGCAAAGCAAAAGAAAAGUUUCUGAUGUCAAAGUGCCCAUGCUUCCCUCGCACAAACGUACGGACAUCACCAUCUUCAAGCCCUUCAUGGAUCUGGACACUCAGCCUGUCCUUUUCAUUCCUGAUGUUCACUUUGCAAAUCUUCAGCGUGGGGCUCAUGUCCUUCCUGUUGCUUCAGAAGAACUGGAGGGUGAAAGCUCCAACCUGAAGAGAGGAGCCUAUAUUGGUGAAGAGGACUUUAUUGCUGCUCCAAAUAAGAUGGCCAGAAUAGAAGAACCAAAAAGAGUGUUGCUGUAUGUCCGAAAAGAGUCAGAGGAAGUCUUUGAUGCACUGAUGUUAAAGACACCAUCUCUGAAAGGUCUAAUGGAAGCGAUAUCUGACAAGUACGACGUGCCUUUUGAUAAAAUAGGAAAAAUCUUCAAAAAAUGUAAAAAAGGAAUUCUGGUCAACAUGGAUGAUAACAUCGUGAAACACUAUUCUAAUGAAGAUACCUUCCAGUUGCAGAUUGAAGAAGUUGGAGGAUCUUACAAGCUCACUCUGACCGAGAUUUAA